AUGGUCAAGGGGCGCCUGUGGCCCUUUGCCGCUGCGCUGUGCGCCAGCUGCAUCGUCCUCUGGUGGCUCGCCCUCUCGCUCGCAGGUCCUGUUCCUGCCGCAUCUACCUGCCGGGUCGACCCGUCUCUACUACGAGAAUAUGGGCGGCACACGUUGAGCCUGUCGCGCGUCCACGAGGGAUCGGGCUACCGGGUGCAGCGGGUUCUCGAGCGGUUGGAGAGCGGCGAGGGCAUCAAGGCUGCGGUCAUCGGCGGCAGCGUGUCGAACGGCCACGGCAUGUCGCCUUCGGGCGUCCCGUUCGAGUACGGUGCUGUCAAGGCGCCUUGGCACACGUUCGUCUCGGCCUGGCUCAACACGACAUACGGGCCGCAGGCGUUCAUCAACGGCGCGAUGGCCGCGACCGACUCGACCUUCUUCCGUUACUGCUGGGCCGAGCGGAUCCGCCUGGCAGAGUCGGCGCCCGACUUGGUCCUCGUCGAGCUCGACGUGAACGACGUUGCAGACGAGCCCUCUCGCCUUGCAGCUGAGCUCCUCGUCCGCUCGAUCCUCCUCCUGCCCAACAAGCCUGCCGUCAUCUUUGUCGGCGCUUUCGCGCUCGUCUCGCAGUCGCGCCGGGACGGGAUCCUGAACGGCGGCGACGUCCACGCCCAAGUUGCGGCGUACUACGACGUGCCUCAUAUCUCGCUUCGCGGGCCAUUUCUCCCGGCGCUCACCGCCAACCACUCGCUCAGCCAGCCUUGGUUCAACGGCGACCCUCGUCACAUCGCCGCACCUCUACACCGAGCACUCGGCGACAUGGUCAUCGCGUUCCUGAGCGAGCAGCGCUGCUCGAUCGACGCCGCCGACCUCGUCCUCUCGAACGAGGGCUCGUUCUCGUUUUCCCAACUCGUCGGCGAGGUCCCCUCGCGUCUCAUGCGCGACGAGUGGGACGCGACGGUCGUUCACCCCGCCUCUCCGCCAGCCUGUCGCAUCGCAGGCUCGACGCUCGAGCCCGCCUCAGCAAGCCCCGACUGGUCCCUCUACUCGUUCCGCGACGUCAAGACGUACCUCGAGACGACCAAAGGCGCAGGGCGCACGAUCGAUUUCGACGUCGAGGUGCCGCCUGGAGCGGCCGGCGAGGUCGGCGUCGCGUUCCUGCGCUCGCCGCACUACAAGCUCGGCAAGGCCGUGUGUCGAGUCGGUGAGCAGGAGAAGGUACUGGACGGCUUCUGGUCGCGCAAGGCGUCCCUCACCGAGAUCGAGAUUGUCGCGAGGAACUUGCCGGUCGGGACCCACCGCCUCUCGUGCACGACCUCGAGCAAGGGCAAGGCGUUCCGGAUAGCAGCUAUCGCCUUGCCAGCACUCGCGCUCUUCCUGGCGGGCGCGACGGCGGGCUACCUUGCCUUCCCGACGUUCCUCGGCCCCGUCGUCCUCUCGGUCUCGCCCGACCCGCUCUUUCCGGUCGACCUCUCUUACCUCAAGACUCGUCCUUACGAUCCUCUUCCCGCAAGCCUCGUCCACCAGCGCAACCUCAACUACAAGCAGUGCGACGACGCGUUCACACUCCUGUGGCCUGCCGUUCACGAGGCGGCCCAGCAGUUCGCGCGCGACGGCAUCUCGCUCGACGAGCUCGACCGGCUCGAGCGCGAGGAGACGAGGGUCUCGAUCGUCGACGGUCAGCUGUACGUCAAGACGUUCCACGGCGAGUGGACCUCGAGGUCCUUCGCCGUCCUCGCCUCGCUCAACGAGGCGGUGCGCACCUCGCCCGACGUCUUUCCUGACGUAGAGUUCGUCUUCCGGGCGACCGACAACCUCGGGAACGGCGCUCACUUUGGAUUGACCAAGCGCGACUCGGACCGCAUGUUCCUCCUGCCCGACUUUGGCUUCUACUCGUGGCCCGAGCCUCGUGCUCUCGGCUGGCAAAAUGCUCGACGCAAGGCGAUCCAGUUCGACUCGAGCCUCAACUGGACCUCGAAGGAGGACAAGCUCUUUUGGCGCGGCGCAUACCUGUCGCAGCUCCGCCAUGAUCUUCGAGACGUCGCCAACGCCCACCCUUGGGGCGACAUCGGCGAGAUCAAGUGGGGCGAGGGCGCCGCAGGGUGGAUCACGAUGGAGGAGCACUGCGGCAAGCGCUAUCUGGCGGACGCCGACUCGCACUCGUACUCGGGCCGCCUCAAGUACCUCAUGCUGUGCCGCUCGGUCGUCGUCUCACACCGCAAGAAGUGGCGCCAGUCGUGGCACGGCGCGCUCGACGGUCGGCCCGGCUCGCCGACGCAGAACUUUGUCGAGCUCGGCUCAGAGAGCUGGGACGGCCUCGUCGAAGCGGUGGAGGAUCUGCGUGCGAGGCCGGCGCACGCAGAAGCUGUCGCCGAGAACGCCGUGCGGGCGCUGCGCGACCGAUACCUCACGCCGGCGAGCGUCGCGUGUUACUGGCGUCGAGUCCUAUCGGAGUACGCCACCCUGCAGCGCUUCGUCCCGACUCGAGGUGGCAUCGAUUUUGAGUCGUUCAUCCUCGCGCGAGAAGUCGACUACGCGCCGCAUUAG